UCUGCCGGUGUAAAGUUACGAGUGGACAGGACACACCUCUAGAGGGAGUUCCCGGGGAGGUGGAAACAAGGAGCUUGAUCACUUCUCCUUUCACAGGGAGUGAGCCGUCGUCCGAGCCUGCCCUGCGGCCGUGUGAGUGUGUGUGAGCGCGUCUCUCCUGCUGCAGAAAUAGUAGCGGUGCCACGCAAGGAAACAUGCCCGGGAUGGGCAACUCUCUACGCGCGGCUGCCCUCCUGGCGUUCGUGGUUCUUUCUAUUCUGGUGUCACUCCUGAUCAGCAGCGUGCAGCAGUUUGGAGCGAGGAUAGCUCCUCUUUCCAACGCAACUGUUGCUGCUGAUGAGUUUGCGUUGAUUUACCAACUCAACGAGAGGCGCAGAGAAAUCAUUCCACUGCUUUUACCUCAUCAGGAUGAAAACGAACCUGACGAACCUCUUCUGGACUCAAAUUUGGAUUACAGUCUUUGGAAUGAGAUCUCACAUGGAUCCAGAAAGGCGCAUAUGGAUGAGCUGGAUUGUGGUUCUCUGGUGGACAUGCAGGCAGUGGAGGUCCUUGGGUCUGGAUACACUAAGCUGGUUGUCAAAGUGAAUCUCGCCGGAGGUCAGCCUGUGGCGUUAAAACUCGUGAAUGAAAAAGGAAUAGACAUGGGAAAGUGUGUGGAGGAUUUUAAAGACCCUAAAGGCUGCCGGGAACUCGUGUCUUACAAGUUAAAGAAAGAAAUAGUCCUGUUGCAGCGGCUGGAGCAUCCAAACGUCAUCAGGCUAAGAGGUCACUGUGCAGGAGAAGCAGGAGGAAAAGGAGGAGAGAGCGAAAGAGUCACAGUCAUUCUUGAGCAGGGGACUCCUCUCCAGAUGAUCCAGCUGCUGCAGAGUCCCUGGGAGGACAGAUUUAGGGUGUGUUUGGACCUCGUCAGACUCCUCCACUUCCUCUCCCGCUCCCCUCUCGGCUCCGUGGGUCUGCUGGACUUUCAGCCCCGGCAGUUUGUCACCGUCUCCGGCUCUCUGAAGCUCACAGACCUGGAUGACGCCAGCUCCGAGGAGACAUUCUGCCACACGGAUUCAGACUGCACGCUCCAGUUUCCCCACAGAAACUUCACUCUGCCGUGCUCGGCCAGAGGAGUGUGUGAGGGUUUGAGCGAGAAGAGGAACAUUUACAACGCCUAUAGGUAUUUUUUCACCUACCUGCUGCCUCAUCAGGCCCCACCCGGGCUCACACACCUGGUAGACCAGAUCAUGAACUCCACAGGGGAGCUGAAAGCCGACAUCAAUCAAACGCUGGAAGCCUUUGAACACAUCCUCCACCUCUACACGUCUGGCCUGCACCUGGACAACCUGCCUCCAUCAAUAAUCCAAGAUUACACUGUGAUGCGAGGUAUGGGGAGCUCUGGGAACGUGGAGUACCGCUGCUGGCCGUCUUACAGCCAGCAGGGCUGCGUGCUGUCGGUCUACAGCGCCAAAGAGGCCGCGCACAUCUGCAACUCCCAUUCUCAGUGCAACAGCUUCACUCUGACUGGACAAAAGACAUGGACAGGUCGCCUCCUGGCCUCUUUCAGGAGCAGCUUCAGUCAUCUGGUGCCUGAUGGGACAUCCGAGGUGUAUGUGAAGAAAACCAAAGCUCCUGAAACUUAAGUGUGGCAGCAAAGAACGUUCAGUGCAAUCCACUGAUGUGAAGCAAAGCAAGAUGUUGCGCUUGAGACAAAAACUAUGUCCUCCCCAUGAACGUGUUGAACGCAGCCCGGCUCUGUGGAUUUGGGGAGGAGUGUGGAGGCAGGGUUGAGGAGGAGGCGUUUGAAGUGAGGCGAGUGAAUGUGAUGUAUUUAUAGGGCUUCUGCUCAGUGACUGUUUGAUGUGCCUGCCAGCCCACUGCCUCUGCCAACUACUAUUUAAAGGGAUUUCCCUUCAGGUACAAUUAAGGAGGCAGGGGAGGUGGGUGGGGGGUGGCUUGUGCCCUCGACAUGUUUUCUUUUUUUCCACCUUUGCCUUUAUUUGCCAUGUGUGUUGGCUUUCCCUGUGAGGCCAGGUUCCCUGUAGGAGGAUUUUUAAGCCAAAGAGGUAAUAAGAACAGUCGCUGAAGCUCAGCAUUUGAAUCCUGAGGACAAGAAAAGAAAACAAGCUCUUAUACAAAUAUACUUUGAUGUUUGCGCGCUGAGGUUAUGGACAUUUUUUCAUGGUUCCCCGGCUAAGCUGGGCUGUGGUAAGAGAUUGCAACGACCAUGUAAGCAUUUACACAUCUACAUAUGUAGAUUCAAACCAUUCCAGAGAAGUCUCUUUUUGCAUACUUUCGUAAACUUAGUUCAUAGUGCUUAGUUCACAAAUAUUUAUAUGAUUGAAUGUAAUGUAAUUGUUUUUACAUGAAUGUGCAUUUCAGCUUACAUGCACCUUGUGGGUGAAACUUUUAUUUUCAAUGAAAAAUUAUUCACUUCAGUGUUUUUUAUACUUCACUUAUUGUAAUUGUACAGUUUUGCAAUUUGAUAUUAUAUAAAUGUAUUGUUUCU